AUGGAAUGCGAUCAAUCGGGCAUGAUUGUGACCACCAGUCUGGCCACAUUUGUCGGCGGCUUCAUCUUCGGCAUCUGGACCACCCGCGGCUAUCUGAUCUCCCCCUCUCUUCGGGAGGAGCGCCGCCGUAACCUUCACGACCCCAUCGAGAGCGAGGAGAGCGACCGUGCCAUCCUCUCCCGGUGGGAGAAGCAGGGCCAGGCAAAGAUCGCCGUGCAGAUCAAGUCCGAGGACGAGCUGCUCGAGCUGCGGAGGCUGGCGCGUAACGCCGGGCUCACGGCCGAAUUCAUCCAGGACGCCGGCAGGACCCAGAUCGAGGCUGGGAGCAUGACGGUCCUGGGCAUCGGGCCGGCUCCCAAGAGUGCUGUCGACAAGAUUACCGGGCAUCUGAAACUUCUGCCCCAGAUCGUCCUGCCGCUCCUGCCUCAUUUUCUUGUUCUUGUCCUGCUGCUCCUUCCAGAUCUCGUCGACGCGGAGACGCUUUUCGUCGAUGAUGUUCUUCUUCCUCUGCUUCCUCAGGUACUUCUUGAGCGCUCCGUUCUUCCCGCGCGCCCUGUUGCGGAUGUCCUCCGCCACGUCCGGGGCGGCGGCGUCGAGGUCGCGCUCGGCCUUGCGCUGCCGGUCGGAGCGCAGGUCGAGGUUGCCGACGAAGUUGGGGUCGAGGGCGAUCAUGUCGGGCUGGAGCUUGUUGAGCAGGCCCUUGACCUCGGACUCCUGGCGCUGCUUGGCCGUCUCGAAGGGGUUGGACUCGAAGGCGUCAAAGUUGGCCUCGCCGGCGCCGGGGACGAUGAUGGAGGAGAAGCCCUGGUCGUGCCCGAUGCCCAGGACGUCCUCGUAGGGGCACCACCUGACGCGCUCCACGCGACGGCCCUCGCCGCCCCACGCCAUGGACUCUGCACCUUCUCCUGCACCGGCUUGUUCUUGUCGAACAGGCCCUUCCAGACGGUCGUCUGCGUGCCCCACCCGACCGCCGUCAGCCCCCGGUCCGAGAUGGCCACCGAGUGCGCCGGCUGCCGCGUGAAGUAG